UUAUGAUCAAAACGAAUUUGUACAUAGAAAACAAGAGCUUCCGUGGCAGUGGUAGUUGCCAAACUAGUAGCAAGAAGUAAGUCACGUUUUUCUCCGUUUUCAUUCAUCACAAUAUUAAAGCUUUUAGUUUCCUUCAGUAUGGGGGACACUUACGUUUUGGCCACACCGAAGCGCAACCGUUCCGAUGACGUGGACGGCGGCGAGGCGAAGAAGCUGCUGUUGCAGCAGGGCGAGGCGGACCCGGCGGCGGCGCUGGCGAGCGCGCGGCACGAGUUCGGGGAGCACGGCGGGGUGAACAUGUCGAUCGAGGCGUCGGCGACGUUCACGGUGAUGGAGCCGGAGACGAUGCGGCGCAUGUUCGCCGGAGAACUCGGCCCCGACCGCGACUUCUUCAUCUACAGCCGCCACUUCAACCCGACGGUGCUGAGCCUCAGUCGCCUCAUGGCCGCCCUCGAAGGCACCGAGGCCGCCUACUGCACCGCCAGCGGCAUGUCCGCCAUCUCCGCCGUCCUCCUCCAGCUCUGCAGCCACGGCGAACACGUGGUCGCCUCCAGAACUCUCUACGGUGGGACCCACGCGCUCCUCUCACACUUUCUCCCGCGCACGUGCGGAAUAUCCACUAGCUUCGUGGAGGUGACGGAUCUUGACAUGGUUGAUGCUGCCAUAGUAGAAGGGAAAACAAAAGUGCUUUACUUCGAAUCUGUUUCCAACCCCACCCUUACGGUUGCGAACAUACCUGAACUGUGCCACAUGGCACACCGGAAGGGAGUGACGGUGGUGGUGGACAACACGUUCGCGCCCAUGGUGCUUUCGCCAGCGCGUCUUGGUGCUGAUGUUGUCGUUCACAGUAUCUCCAAGUUCAUCAGCGGUGGGGCCGAUAUCAUUGCAGGAGCGGUGUGCGGACCCGCAAGACUGGUGAACGCAAUGAUGGAUCUGCAACAAGGGUCACUAAUGCUGCUGGGUCCAACAAUGAAUGCGAAAGUGGCAUUCGAACUCUCGGAGAGAAUACCGCACCUAGGGCUAAGAAUGAAGGAGCAUAGCAACCGCGCACUAGAGUUCGCAACGAGGCUCAAAAGGCUAGGAAUGAGGGUAAUAUACCCGGGCCUGGAGGAGCACCCACAGCACCAGCUUCUGAAAUCAAUGCACAACAAGGACUAUGGCUACGGCGGGCUCAUGUGCGUGGACAUGGAAACGGAGGAGAGGGCCAACCGCUUCAUGAGCCACUUGCAGAACUACGGCCAGUUCGGCUUCAUGGCUGUGAGCUUGGGCUACUACGAGACCCUCAUGUCCUGCUCCGGCAGCAGCACCAGCAGUGAACUCAGCACUGAGGAGAAGGAGCUCGCCGGAAUCUCGCCGGGGCUCGUGAGGAUGUCGAUUGGGUACAUUGGAACCUUGGAGCAGAAGUGGAGCCAGCUCCAAAAGGCGCUCACUAGACUAAACGACUCUGGAUACAACAAGAUCGCUUGAAUUGCUUUUCUCAUCAUGCACAUGCACAUGCACCCUCGUCUUCUUCCUGCUCCCAUAAUGUUAUGUUAUCUAUAAUAAUAAUUUAUGCUCAUCUUUAUGUCUUGUCUUGCUACUCGAUCGUGUCUCCUGUAUCAUGGAUAUGAAUAUGAAUUGCCUGUUUCUUUUCAA